AAUUUGGGGAAAAAAUAAAUUCAAUCAAACGGACCAAGCUGUAAAAUAUUUUCUUCCUUUUUUACACACGGUCUCGCAGUCUGCUGCCGCCGCAGCUCUCUACCGGCCUUCGGGUUCUCUCCGAAAUUUUUUAAGUUUUUAAGGUAAUUUGGAGCGCUAUGACCGAAAAGGGAGGACAAGGGUUUGGGAACUCCAAAGGUGGAAAAUCUGCCCAUAAAUCAUCUGGCCACAUCAUCCUAGGGAAGGACAACGGCUCAGCAAAGUCGAAGGGAGGAAGAAAAGUUCAGUUUGAAUCUGAAGGUUCUGGUGAUAAAGUCAGGAAAGGAGACAAGAUUGCCAAUGGCAGUAAGAGUUCCCAAGCAAAAGCACCUUCUACACAGGAGUGCAGACUUGAGCGAGAGCUUCCAGAAAAUAGUAAAUUCUUGAUGGAUUGUGAAGCUGCAGAAAUCUUGCAAGGAAUCCAAGAGCAGAUGGUGAUGUUGUCCGAGGAUCCAAAUAUAAAACUCCCAGUUUCAUUUGAUAGCGGAUUGAUGUAUGCCAAGAGAGGCAGCUACCGUACAAAAUCCCUGACUGUUGGAAAAAUUCUUCAGCCUCUCAAGAUAUACGGAGUUUCUGAUGCUGAGAUCUGCCAAAUUGCCAACCUUCGCGCCGAAUCUGUUGAAGAAGUUUUCUGUCUUAUCCCGUCCCUGAAGGCAAAGGAAAACAAAAUAAAAGAACCUCUUAGAAUUGCGCUAGGUGAACUAACAAAUCUUAGGGAUGCACUGGACGAGCUGGCCAAGUUCAAUGAGUCAGUUGCAAUGGAUUGACAAAAUGCUUGGUACUGCAUAAUUUGGGACUCUGUAGAUGUGAAUGUGGCUCCAGUUUUCAUGAAAGUAAGGCACGCCACAAUGUUAACGAAGCUUUCAUGGUCUCUUUUUCGUAAAAUGAUUUUUACAUUAUAAUAUCUAGGCUCUAGCUCCUAGUUUCAUGUAAAGACCAAAUUGUCCAGGUUUUCUAUUACUUUUAGGACAGAGUAUCAUGUGAAUAUGGUCUCAAAUAUUGGAUGUUCUAAUUAAUGAAGUCGUUCUUCCCUUAAUUUAUCCUCAAUCAGGACUCCCUCAAUUAUUGGAGCA